GCCAGAUCCGACCUGUGCGUUGCGUCUAGUAUUCGUGGGUAUUUUACUCACAGGACUUAAGUACAAUACGUAACGUGCAGCAGGAAAUAUGCUUUCUGGAAUUAUCCUGUGCAGGAGAAUGUUCAAAUAUGCUUCAACCAUCCAAGUCUGCAAUAGACAUGUAAGAGUUCAAUGGUGGCCGACGUUGGAAAAUCCAUGGGUCGAAGACUCUUUGACUGAUGAUGAUCUACUGAAGAGAAAACCAGUGGAUUAUGAGAUUAGUCAAGUAGAAUAUGUAUGGGUAGAAAAAAUUUUGAAGAACACUAAAAUCCCGUUUCCUAAAAAUAUUGUGGCUCCUACUCCUAGUGGCUGGAUACCCCCAAUCCCUGAACUAUCAAAGGAUGUACCCUAUUCUGUCCGAAGGUCGAAAAAUCACAUGCUACCUGUUUAUUACACAGAGAAACAGAGAAAGAAAAAAGAGCAUACACAUGGGACUCGACAGCUGACAGUCAUUAGGCAUGUUGAUGGAGAUAUGCAAGCUCUGGCUGAUGAUCUCCGGACGCUUCUUCAACCGAAAUGCGAAGCUGGGUUGUUUCUUUGCCAAGUAGAUGAAGUAACACGUUGUAUAAAAAUUGAAGGGUUAUUUCAAGAAGAGGUAGCUAAAUUUCUUCUUAGUAAGGGGUUUUGAGAGUUGUACAAAAGUAAUCAUGUAUAUACUAAAUAAACAAUGUUCUAGCUAUACAAAAUUUUAUUCUAUGACAGCUUCAUCCCACGGUCCAUGGAUAGUCCUGUUAGGAAGAAACAAAAUCGAAAAUUUGUGAGGGAUUGUGAUCACACAAUAUUAAAUUUUUUUUCAGGGUCUAUAUCGUUUAUUGUGCUCGUGUCAGUGCAGUUUUUAAUGGAGCACUUAUGUUAAACAGCAGCUUGUUUAUAUAAACAAACCGACCCUAAACACACACAAGCAUCAUUGUGGAAACUAAUGGUACUAGAAUCAUAAUGUACACAAUAAAGG